UAUUAUUUUCCGUGUGUUUCCCUGCGUUGAACCUGCUUGUUCUUCUUGAUGGCAUUGAAGCCCAAAAACAUUCAAACCCCAGUCUCAUCGAUUGGCUUAAGUAAGCCACGUUUCCAAGGGUCCAUCUCGUUUUAGGACUAGCCAGCGUGACCCCUGUCAACAUUCAAACGGCCGCCAAGGCUCACUCAACCUCUUCUCACAGUGAGGACGACGUAUGAGGACAUGCCUGACUCUUGAGGACCAGCUCGGAGUCAAAUCGAUUCUCGAGAUAUAAGUCUUGGAGAGAGUAUGAUACUGAAGAGUUUUUCAUCAACAACACGGAUAUUCACAAGAGCUCUGCUCUCGAGCGGAGCAACAGCACAUCACUUCUCAGCAACACCUGCACUCAGAUCAAAAAUGGCCGAGUCCAACUCAACCGAGGCCAAUGGUGCCUCUCUCACAACAUACCAGCCGCGAUACAUCGAUAUUGGCAUCAACCUCGCUGAUCCCAUCUUCCGCGGCCGUUACCAUGGCAAAUCAAGACACCCCGAUGACCUCCAGGGUGUCAUCGACAGAGCCAAAGAAGUAGGCUGCACCAAGCUCCUCGUAACCGGCUCCUCCUUCAAAUCCUCCCGUGACGCCCUCAAAAUAGCCUCCAAAUUCCCGAACGUGGUCUUCACCACAGCCGGAAUCCACCCCUGCUCCUCCUCCAUCUUCUCCCCUUCCCACCACAAACACCACGACGAGUCCCAAUCCGAGGACGAAUCCGCCGACCAGCACACCCCCGCCUGCGGACCCGACCCAACAAAACCCAUCCUCGAUGGCGAAGGCGUCGACCACGCCCGCUCAGAAGUCAUCAUCUCCGACCUCAAAGAGCUGAUCACUACCGCUCCGAAAAACAGCCUCAUAGCCUUUGGCGAGUUCGGCCUCGACUACGACAGACUCCACUACUGCUCAAAGGAAGUACAACUCCACUCCUUCGCCGCCCAGCUCAGACUCGCGGCGUCGCUCUCCCCUCAGUUACCGCUCUUUCUCCACUCCCGCGCCGCACACGGGGACUUUGUUCGUCUGCUCAAAGAUGCGUUUGGCCCUAGGCUUGAAAAGCUGCAAAAGGGUGGUGUAGUCCACUCAUUUACUGGAACAAUAGAAGAGGCAAAAGAGCUGAUGGAUCUGGGAUUGUACGUUGGCAUCAACGGGUGCAGUUUCAAGACCGUCGAGAACUGCAAGGUGGUCAAGCAAAUCGACCUGAGCAAAAUGAUGCUUGAGACGGAUGGUCCGUGGUGUGAGGUUAGGCCUACGCAUGAGGGGUGGAAGUAUCUGGUUCAGUUUGAGGAAGCUAGAAGAAAGGAGCAGGAGGAGAAGAAGAGGCUAGAGGAGGAGGAGAGGCAAAAGCAGGAAAAGAUCGAGGCAGAAAGAAAAGCGCAGGAGGAGCUGGAGAAGAAGGCUGCUGAGUUGGAGAGUGGUGUAGAGGGGGGCAAGGCUGGCGGGGAAGGGGAGAAGAAGAGACAGCGACAACCCAAGAAGCCUAAGCAGCAACAGCAGCCGCAGGGGAAGAAGAAUCAGAAGAAGGAAAGCGAAGUGCCUGAUCGGUUCAAGGUUGUCAAGAAGGAGAAGUGGGAGGAGGGGGCGAUGGUCAAGGGGAGGAAUGAGCCGUGCACCAUUGAGCGGAUUGCGAGGAUUGUGGCUGGGAUCAAGGGGGUGGGUGUGGAAGAGGUGUGUGAAGCUGCAUGGGAGAACACUGCCAAGGUGUUUGGUCCUUUUUGAGUUGAUUAUGACAGCUACAAGCCGAUAGAAAGCGUAGAAAGAUUUCAUUGUUUCUCCAGAAUUCCAGGGGUAUUAUUUUCUG